CUACAUGAAACACAGUACAAAACAAAAGUGUUUUUCCUUUUCGACCUAAUAAUAAAUAAUAUCAUUAAAUCUACUGAAAAGGAACUAUUAGAUAAUGUUGAGUCAUUUUUAGAUAUGUAGCAAUGAAAAUGUCUGCAACAGAGAGUUAAACACAAAGGGAGGAAAAGAUAGGCACUGUGAUGUUUACAAAGAGAAACUGCACCAAUCAAAUUUGGAGAUGGACUUUUACACCUUUCAUUUCACACUGACAUGUCAGAAUAACUCAGGUAGCAUUAACCGAAACUGUAAACAAUCAAAGUUAAAAAUUCUGUUCUUAUUGUUCAUGAAACUGUUCAUAUGGAGGAAUGAAGGACUGGAAGCUUCCAGUUUAGUUUGUGGCAAAUGUCUUCACUUUUUUGGAGAAAGCACUAGGGCCCUCAUUUUAUCCAUCCAUCUCAACACCUUGUUUGGCUUUUGUUGACCACUUUGAGCCUGUCUCUCCUUAUUAGAACAGUUCAUUUCCAGUAUAAACCCAUCAGGAUUCCCUUGUGAUGUUAUUCCUCCUCGACUCCUUAAGAAGGUUUUUCCUACCCUUGGUCCUUUUAUUCUUGCCGUUAUUAACAGUACACUGACCUUUUGUAAAUUUAUUUUUGGGCAAUUCUUGCUGACAAAAACUGGCCUUAACCAUUCUGUUUUGUUUCAGGGCCUGUCUCCAGGCUACCUUUCUUGUCUAAACUCCUACAAAAAAUUGCCUUUACCCAACCGAAGUCCUUCCUGGGUGAAUGUGCAAUUCUGGAAGUGUUCCAGCCAGGACUAAAAACUCACCAAAGCAAUCAGGAACUGCCUACUCAGGAUACUGUCAAACUGGUCAUGGUGGAAGCUCCAGACUUUCUGUUGCAUGUCCUCAGUGUGACCCUCCUUUCAUCUGUGAAGACAACAGGCACACCAUUGGACAACCUGCUGGUUCUAGUGUUCACAAGCAAAUGUCAAUCAAGCUGCACGGCUCUGCACAGGACCCACUAAAGGACGUCAGUCCCUCAUGCCAGCCUCACAGAGUCUUUUUCUGACAGUUUGGUACUGCUGGGUUUAUACACUCAUCCUUGCCCAUCUCUUCUUGUGUAACAGGCUUAGUAUCUCCUCAAUAGGCCUGAAAGAUUAUGAAUUUAACUGAGUUUCUCUUAUACUGCUGUGAUCGAGUGUUACCUUCAUUUUUCUAGCACUUUAUAAUCAUCUGUGGACCUGAAAGAGGAACCAAAACCUUAACAAACACCUGCAGGAAGAGUUGGAGAAAUAAUAGGAAAUUCAACGUCAAAUUCUUGAAAUGAAACUUAAUGUUAGUGUGAGUAAUAGCUGUACUACAGCCGAAAGAUCUGGAUUUGUGUCUCAAAAUCAAACAGAGUUCAUCUUUUCUUUCUAAGCAAGUGACUCAAAUACUGAGUUCAGACAUGUUUGCUGCCAGUAAUCUGCGAUCUGAAGAUCAGUUUCUGUGCUCCAUCUGUCUGGAUGUGUUCGCUGAUCCAGUCACCACACAUUGUGGACACAACUUCUGUAAGAAAUGUAUCACUCAGCACUGGGAUAGAAAUGUUCCUUGUCAGUGCCCCAUGUGCAAAGAGGCUUUCUACUGUAGACCUCUGUUGAAGGUUAACACUUUGUUCUCUGAGGUGGUUGCUCAGUUCAGAGAUGAAACUCAACAGAAAGCCAAGAGGAGCAGCUCAGAGCAACAAGCUGCCAAACCAGGAGAAGUUCCCUGUGACGUCUGCACUGGAACCAGACUGAGGGCCCUGAAGUCCUGCCUGGUGUGUCUGACCUCCUACUGUGAGACUCACCUAGAACCUCAUCUGACAAUCAAAGGUCUGAAAAGACAUCAGCUGAUUGAGCCUGUGGAGAACCUGGAAGGCAGGAUGUGUACGAAGCACGAUAAACAUCUGGAGCUGUUCUGUAAAACCGAUCAGACAAGUGUUUGCAUGCUUUGCUCUGUUUUAGACCACAAGACUCAUGAGUUUGUUCCUCUGAGAGAAGAAUCUGAAGAAAAAAAGACAGAGCUGAGGAAGAUGGAUGAUGAAAUUCAGGAAAUGAUCGAGAAGAGACGACAGAAGAUUCAGGAGAUCAAUGAGUCAGUGAAGAUGAGUAAAGAUGCUGCAGACAAAGAGAAAACAGAAGGUGUUCAGAUCUUCACUGUUCUGAAGGAGUUUAUUGAGAAAGACCUGAAGAAGGUCAUAAAGGAGAUAGAAGACAAACAGGAAACAACAGAGAAACAGGCUGAAGGUCUCAUCAAGGAGCUGGAAGAGGAAAUCUCAGAGCUGAAGAAGAGGAGCUCUGAGGUGAAGAAUCUAAUAUGGUCUGAAGACCACCUCCACUUUAUUCAAAGCUUCUCAUCUCUGAAAGCUGUUCCACCUGCCAAGGACUGCACAGAGGUCAUCGUCCUUCCACCAACAUAUGAGGGGACUGUGAUGAGGGUUGUGGCUCAGCUGGAGGAGACACUCAGGAUGGAAAUGAGGAAGCUGUUUGAGGCUGAGCUGAGGAGAGUCCAGCAGUAUGCUGUGGAUGUGAGUCUUGAUCCUGAUACAGCACAUCAUGAGCUCAUCUUGUCUGAUGAUGGAAAACAAGUGAAUCAUGGAGAUGAAAAGCAAAAUCUUCCAGACAGCCCAGAGAGAUUUUCUUACUGUGUUUGUGUUUUAGGAAAGCAGAGUUUCUCUUCAGGCAGAUUUUACUAUGAGGCUCAAGUUAAAGGAAAGACUGACUGGGAAUUGGGAGUGGCCAGAGAGUCGAUCAACAGGAAGACAAUAAUGACUCUUAGUCCCGAGGACGGAUUCUGGACUGUAGUGCUGAGAAAUGGAAAUGAGUACAAAGCUCUCGAUGAUCAUGAUGUCUGUAUCUGUCAUCCGUCUGCUCCUGAUAAAGUGGGAGUGUUUGUAGAUUAUGAGGAGGGUGUGGUUUCCAUUUAUGAUGUAGAUGCAGCAGCUCUUAUCUACUCCUUUACUGGCUGCUCCUUCACUGAGAAACUCUACCCAUACUUCAAUCCCUGUAAUAACGACAAUGGCAAAAACUCUGCACCUCUCCUCAUCACUCCCAUUAAUCACACUGAGUAGAAAAAUGAUUUGACAUGUAAGCGGUUUGUGUUAAGAACACAUUCGGUGGUGACACUGAUUGAUUUGGUCUUCUUUUCUUCUCUGAUUCUGAUUGAUUUCUUUGUGUUAUUAUGUCGUAUUCAUCGUAAAUUGAGCUUAACGUUUGAGUGAUGCUGAUUUUGACUGAGUCAAAAUAGUCUUUUAAUUUCUUUUCUAAUAACAAAACAUUUUUAUUCCUUAUUAAAAGAUAAAUAUAAGAAUACAUUUUAUCAAUAUAUAAAUGAAAAAUUGGAUUAUGUGCUGCUUCCCUGUUGAGUAAUUAUCAUCAACUAGGAACACUGGGAUAAGUGCAUCUUUGGAUCCAGACAUGCUCAUCCUUUCUCCAACCUCUCCUCACAAAAGACAAGAACAAAAUCAGCAUUAGCUCAGAGAAGGUUAACUAGCUCAGUAUAGCUGAAGUAGGCUGAUUACAGUUUUGUGAUUUUUACUAUUUUAUUUUGGUUUUGCUUUGCUCUCGCUAAAUUGCUUUAAUA